CUAGAGCCAACCCAGAAUAUGAACAGCAAAGCAAUCAAAAAGGAAGCCCUCAGCAAACCAUAAUGUCAGUUGAUCUGCGCACCCAAGAAGAACCAAACAAAGAGCAGCCAACUCUCCUUUUAUGGUGCAUACAAAAUAAAUUGUUGUAAAGCCAUUUUCAAGAUGAGACUACAGGAUGUUGACAAUUCACAUUACACAGCAGCAACAACAGUCCCCACAAAGCUGCACAAAUGGUGGUGAGUUACACAAGAAUGGGAAGCCUUAUCCAAUUUGCUUUUCAUGGCCAGUGGGGAAUCCAAACAAACCAAAAAAAAAAAAUUGGUGCAAUGUGUAGUGCAAGAUACAUUGCACCAUCAUCAAUUCAUCAUAUAGACAGUUUUCUGUGUGUUGUUGUAUAAAGGCUGCAUUCAUGCGGUACUUUCACUGGCCCCAUCUGUUCCCCCAUGCAACGGAUUCCAAAACUGGGGAAGGGAAGGAAGCAAAGGUCAGAUCAUCUUACAGCUCAAACGGCCACCUUGCUUUCUUGGCUAACAACUUUCCACUAGUCGCAUUCUGGGUCCGCCGUCGUCUCCGGUUCAUUCUGAUCCAGUGUUCCAUUUGAGUUGUGGUGGGGUGUCGUAAACUCUUGUUGCCCGGAUAGAUGAAUAUGUUUAUCCUCUUCGGAUAUGUGACUUGGGUUAGUUAGUUGGGACCUGGUGAUGAUAAUGCCUUGGCAUGUUGACUCUCCAUUUCCAGAAGCAUCAACGACUUCUGUCUUUGGUAUCUGUUCCUUUUUGCUGCCAUUGCUGCGCAACAAUAACACAAGUUUCAGGAACAGGGAGUGAGUUGCAGUAUUUCAUGUUUCUGUGCAUGAACAAAAAUUCAGCAAAGAAGCUUCUUAACAUGGUUGAAUGUAUGUACUCUGCUUCAGUCUCUAGGGCUGUACCUAACAGGGCAGACCUCUCUAAGAUCCAGGUGCAUUCAAGUUCUUAAUAUGGUGGAAAGCAAAAUUUGGGACAUGUUCAGGCUUUAACUCUUACUAAUUUUAUUCUGCUGGCCUUAGACGGGAAUACUAGGAAAUAUAUCCAGUAGAGCAACAAGCACAGUAGUUAUUGACAUGCGUCGUCGGGUAUGUAUGCAAAGACCAAUAACAAAUGAAAUUUCUGUAUAAAGAUGAAUUGAGCUUAGACGAUCAACAUGUUAGAAAAAUUCCAUGCUAUAGCGAAUCUUGCCUCAAACUAAUUCUCAAAAUCAAGGUUAGGUCAGUAGCAGACGACAGCCUCGACCUCCAAUGAAUUUAUGGUUAUUCAACAUUACUACAGAUGGGAAUUUCUAGCGCAGGCAACCAACAAUGAUAUACAUUAAUGGCUACUCAAUAGGUCUGCAGAGGAUUUAUACAGCAAACAACCAACAAUGGUAAAGUUGCUGGAUUUACACUGAAUGAAAUCUAUGCCACUUUUUGGAGAAUAUAAAAAGCUUAUUCUCUAGAACGAUGAUCUUAAGGCCAGAUUUACCCACUACUUAUGCUCUGCAUAUGUUGUAAGAGUGGCAAAUAACCUAAUUGCGGCUCCACAAUACUUCCUAGUUAGCUUAUCCCUCACUAUCAAACUUAUCAAUAGCAGAUCUGAGUAUCCACUUAAUCAAAUAACAACCUAUUGAUAGCUGAAUCUUCAAAUUGAGCAACCCGAAAAUAACACACAAAAAAGUGGAAGGAAGAAGUCAUAUAGUUUAACCUGAUGAGAGCAUCUUAACAUGCAAUAACGUGAAAAACUGAACUUCAAAAUGUUCCAGACAUCAUGUAUGCAAAUUGAAGAAAUCCACUUGGAAUUGUUUGAAAUACUUACACAUUAGGUCAUGAGGUGGAGCAAAGUCAUAAUCAUGUCUACUCCUUCUGAUCCAGCAUAUGUAGAUCACGAAAAGAAUCCCAAUGAAUACUACAAGACAAGCUAUGGCGAUACCGAUUUUGCCACCCUUGGAUAAGUGACCAUUCUCCCACACUAUGGAGCAGUCUGGUAAUGAGGGUACACCACACAAGCCUUUGUUACCUGAAAGGCUGCAAAACCAAGGUCCUCUUUCAUUAAGUAACAAAAUGACACAUCAGUUUUAAAUUAUUCAACCUAUUAAAUAUCUUGAAAGGUAACCAGGGUAAUACUAACAACAGAAGAAAUAACCUUAAAAUGAAACCAUAAUAUCUGUACAAUGAAUAAGCUACACUAUCCAAAGGCCCAGCUCUAUUACUGAUGGACGGCCCCAAGUCCCAACUUCGAAAAGAUUAUGAGCAAUAAUGAGCUCGGGCACAAUACCCGACAAGCUUUAAUGGAGCCAUGGUAGUAAUUUUACCAUCAACCUAGACCUUGCCUUGCUCCACAGCAAGGCACCUCACCUCACCUCACCUCGAAGGCAAUAGAUGACAAAAAGAACACGAAAGUCUAAAUUCCUUUGCACGAAAAGAAAUCUACUCGAUGUACUGCAAUGAAAUUAUGGUCUCAGUUGAUAAACACUAAAAUGCUACUAGCAAGCAUGUGUCUGUUUUGGAACUCCAAAGUCAUACAUGUAGUGGCGAUUCCUUGCCUAGCUGGAUCUCAUUUGGAACUCUACAUUGCCAAAGGAAAAUGAAGGUUUCAGACAAACCCAUAUGAAGAAUAUGGUAGAGCUAUCUUCUAAGGACUUCUGUAUCAACAGAGGCUAGUCAGCAAUGGACUUCAAACCUUACAGUUGACUAGCCUCCUGAUAUAGGCACACAUGUUGGAAUUUUCAUGGGAUACUAAGGUUGACGAUUCACUCCUUACUGGUCUAACCCCUAAGAAUACAGACUAUAACAGCUUGUCUUGGGGCGUCUUUGGUUUUACGAGAGAAAGCCCGCCGAAAAUAGUUGCAUAGUGACCUCGAGAUCUCUCUUUUCCAAUAAACGUUGCGGACGGUGCUAUAAUUUCAAAGACAGUUCCCAAAAACAACCAACUUUGGUACGUCUCACAUAUUGUACGUGAAGCUUAUGGUUUUAAUGUUUCAGGAAAUACUACAGAAUAUUGCAUAUUCUGACACAUUGCGAAAAGAACUUACUUGAUGGAUCCACCGUGCAUACCAAUAGAAUAAAGUUCUUCUGAGACUCGCCCUUCUAAUAGGUUAUCAUUCAAUAACCUGGAGACAAAGUUACAAGGUCAACACAAUAGCCAAAGCAGUAUGAAAAAUACAGCAAUUAAGGGUAAUCUAACGAUGAAUAAAGCAAUAAAGGGUAACAGAAAAAGUAAAUGUGUGGCUGAGCCCAUCCAUUUCCAUUCUCCCAUGGAAUGAGGUAAUUCAUUUACCCACAAAUUACAAACAUUCAAAAUUUCUAAGAACCAGUAAUAAGCAGCUCUGCGCUUCGUCUUCCUUCAAAUGUACUUUGCAGGUCUUCCAACUAAGGAAGGGUUCAACAGUAUGUCUUCCAACGGGAUAGGUAUAACAACAAUGAAUUCAUUGAGCACGA